AAAACACUCGUGAUAACUCCCCAGGUACCCUUUUACUGCAUCCGCACACUUUGAUGUUUUGAUUACUGAUGCUUCGAGGCUUGCAUCAAGUAUCCUAUCAAGUGCAUUGGUCCCAUGUGGCUCACCCUUUCAUGACGUAUUGCGUAAAUCAUCUCACACUGCGGGGUUGGUUGUUGAAGAUAGAAUAAGCGCAUCAAUGCCUCCCCUUGGAUCUCAGAGUCAGGGACUCUUUCUUCCUCAAGUCUGAAAAACUGAAUGACCAUACGGGUAAAUAAUUGAGAGAAGGUCUAGGUCUGGUUGUUUCAUCGUCUCGAUAAGUUAGCUCAGAACAAAGACUUCAGUAUCAUUCGAUUCGGUGUACGGAAAUAGUAAGGAUCUUCGCGAAUAGCAGCUCAUAUCUCCUGGACUUCCCGAAAGCUCUACCUUGGCAGCCAAGCUAUGGCGAGUCUAAAGUCGCGCUCCGCUGCAACGAUGAGAGCGGCCGUCAUGUAUGAGGCAGGGGGGCCUGAAGUUUUGAGGGUCGAGUCUCGCCCAAUACCCACUCCGCAGAGCGGACAGGUCUUGAUACGUGUCAAAGCAUUUGGCCUCAAUCGUUCUGAACUAUUUACGCGCCAAGGCCACUCGCCAGGCGUCGAGUUCCCACGAGUUUUAGGCAUCGAGGCCGUUGGAGAGGUGCAGGAGGCACCCGGUAAGGAGUUUAAGCCCGGCGAGAUUGUAGCGACGGCCAUGGGCGGCAUGGGCCGCCAAUUCGACGGCGGAUAUGCCGAAUACACGUGUGUGCCGGCAAAGCAGAUACAGGCCAUUCAGACCAAAAUCCCCUGGGAAAUCCUAGGAGGUCUGCCGGAGAUGCUGCAGACGGCGUGGGGCUCACUCUACAAGGCGCUGCAGCUGCAAAAGGGCGAACGUCUCCUUGUUCGAGGUGGGACCACGUCAGUGGGUCUCGCUGCAGCAGCCAUUGCCAAAACUCAUGGUGCCUAUGUUGCGUCGACGACUCGGAGUGCAUCGCGAGAUCAGUUGCUGCGGGACUCUGGCGCUGACGAGGUCUUUGUUGAUAAUGGUUCAAUCGCUGAUCAAGUCAGGAAAAAGUACCCUGGAGGCUUUGACAAGGUGCUCGAGCUAAUCGGUGUCACGACCCUCGAGGACUCUUUGAGAUGCACUAGACAAGGAGGCAUUGUCUGCAUGACUGGCAUCGUCGGCAACAAGUGGGCGUUUGACUCGUUCAACCCAAUGGAGUCCAUUCCACUUGCUGUCUGCUUGACGAGCUAUAGCGGAGGUCCCGAUGAGUUCAUGGCGACCCCUCUCGAGCACCUGGCGCAACUAGUGGCUGCCGGCAGUUUACGAAUACCGAUUGGAAAGACUUUCCAGCUGGACCAGAUUGUCGAUGCCCAUCGUUGCAUGGAAGAGAACAAGGGUAAUGGAAAAAUUGUUGUAUUAACUUAGCAGUCUCAUUUGGCCCCUUCCAAUUGCAAGGUCAUCUGUGGUAUAUGAGCAAGACUAAGUACGCCAUGCAGCCCAAAAAAAACCUAGAUACCGCUAGUUGACGCACAAUGAGUGCCACUUUUAUCUCACACUUUCUUUACAACAUGGAUAUUAGCGAGAAGCCUCUUCACGUCUUCGUAAUCCAGUGUUGGUUGCCAAUGGAGAAGCGAUGACGGAGUGGAUAAUCUUUAUCUCAGAUGGCGUUAUGUUAUUGAACCUGUGAAGCAGACUUUGGUGUGAACGCCUUUUCGACCGCUCUACUAUGUGUCUAGAACAGAUGAAAGGACGGACAAGGAUUGCUAAGGAAGCUACUUUGUAUUGUAGCUCAGUUGGCGUAAUAGUAAUAAGUUUUGGGGUUUCCACCGCGAUAGCUGGAC